AUGUUGCGUGUUUGGGGAGUCUCCCAAGAGCUCCUCACCCUGACAGUGGAUGAAUUGGGCGUUGCGACGGCCUGGGAAAGCUGGGGGCUUGGUGGACCAACGGUCCUGACCCUAAAGCACCACAUGCGUGCGACCUCCGGCUUCCCACUAUGCCUUCAGAAGUUCCACCUCUUGCAUGGUGCGUCCGACUCACGUUUGGAGGAUGCCUCCGUGUUGGAGGCGAUGGACCUGCAGCUGGUGUUGGUGGCCCUCUCUACCGAUGCACAGAGGCAGGAAGCCACGAAGGAGCUCGUGGACUACGCUGCUCACAGAGGCCACGUCGAGGUGCUGCGCUUCUUGCUGAGAGCUGGCGCUGAGAAGGAUGAGAAGGAUCCGUUCAGUGGGUUCACCGCCCUUCAGGUGGCCUCCUGGCAGGGCCAUGCCGAUGUGGUGCGGCUGCUGCUAGAAGAGGGCGCUUCUGCGGACUGGUGGGACAGAGAUGGGUGGACUGCUCUCCACUGCGCUGCCCAUCGUGGUCAUGUGGAGGUGGUGUGCUUGCUGAUUCAGAAUGGUGCUGACAAGGACCUUAAGAACUCCAGCACGGAGACAGCUCUGCACCUUGCUUCCGAGCGUGGUCAUGCUAAGACUGUGAGCUUGCUGCUGGAAGCCGGCGUAAACAAGAACACCAAAGACUGGGAGGGCAUGACAGCCCUUCACAAGGCUUGCGCAAGGAACCGCCAGGAGGUUGUCCGGGUGCUGCUGGAGUCUGGUGUCGACAUGAGUGCGCAGAACCCUUGCAACGACCGGACAGCCUUGCACAUUGCCUGCGAGCUUGGCCAUCUUGAGAUUGCACAGUCGCUCUUGGCAAAUGGUGCCGAUUAUGAUGCGGCUCGGUGCUUCGUGGUUGAUGGUAACGACUCCGACGAGGGUUUUGAUUUUGCUGACUUCAGUAGCGGCGAGACAGCUCUCCAUCUUGCUUCUGCAGGCGGUCAUGUUGAGAUUGUGCGAUUGCUCCUGGAAGCAGGUGUGAGCAAGAACAUCCCGAACAAGGGGGGCGAGACUGCUUUAUACCAGGCCUGUGAAAGCAACAGGUUGGAGGUGGCGCGGCUGCUGCUCGAGUCUGGUGUCCACACGGACGUUCAGGACGGUUGUUUGGGCUGGACAGCCUUACACGUUGCCUCCGAUGUGGGAAGUGCUGAAAUUACACGGUCGUUGCUAGCACAUGACGUCGAGAAAGACAUGCAGUGCUUCAUUCACGGCAACACGGCCCUGCAUAUCGCUUGCAGCGAUGGCCAAGUUGAGAUUGCACGUUUGCUCCUGGAAGCCAAUGCUGAUAAGGACGCCCAGGAUUCCGAAUCAUCCACCGCCCUUCACUUGGCAUCUUCGCGGGGAGACUCCGAGCUCGCUUGUUUGCUACUGGAGUUCCGUGCUAAGGUGGAUGUGCAGAAUGAAGAUGGCAGAACCGCGCUGAUAGAGGCGUCCGAGUGCGGCCAUGCUGAGAUUGUGCGUUUGCUGCUGGCCGCCGGCGCGGACGAGGACGUGAAGUGCAGCGACGGCCGCACUGCUUGGAUGAUCGCAUGUGAUCAGAGGCACGCGGAAGUUGUACACUUACUGAGACCCCCUGAAUUCUGA